GGGUUCCUAACAACCAAUCAGAGCAGAGAACACAGAGCAUCAGCCAAUAGGCGAGUCGCUAUGCAUUCAAACAUCUUCCAGCAACACUUUGCCUGGCGCGCUCUUUGAAUAAGCAACGUCGUCAUUUUGGAGCGUUUCACCGCGCGAUAAAAGAUCAAUGGCGUUGUUUUUGUCCUCGGCGUGUAUGUCCCCUCUGGACGAAGAGGAGGAGAUGGCCGUGUUUGAGUCCACGGCGGCGGAGCAUGGAGGCCUGGGAAGACCGCGUCUGCCCGAGAUUUCGCUCAUUUCACCCGGCCUGUGCAGGCCUUCCACCGUGGAGCAGGAAACGGCUGUGAAAUCAGCAUUGAUGGGACCGGGCAGCGGUGGUGGUAAGGACGACCCGGAGAGGGUGAAGGUGUUCCUACGCAUCCGACCCCUCACAGAGUGUGAGAGAGAAAGGGGCGAAGAGCAGGGUUGUGUGAACAUCCAAGAUGACGAGAACUUGCUGCUCAAAGCGCCCAAGUGCUCCCAAAACACAAAGAUGGCAGAGAGAGGCAUCUCCCCGAGCAUGCACAAGUUCACUUUCUCCAAGAUCCUGGGACCAGAGACCACACAGCAGCACUUUUAUGAGUGCACCAUGAAAGAGAUGGUCAGAAAUGUGCUCCAAGGAGAGAACCGACUGCUUUACACUUACGGCGUCACUAAUUCUGGGAAGACUUAUACAGUUCAAGGAACUGGUCGCAAGGCGGGCCUUCUGCCCCGAGCUUUAGUAUCUCUCUUCAGGAAAGUCCAGGGUCGUCUGUACACCACCAUGGCCCUGAAGCCCGUCUUGUACCAGGACGUGAAGUACCUGCAGCCCUACGAGGUCAAGGAGGAGGAAAUGCGGCGAAGCGCUCUGCUCAAAGAGGAUGAGAAUUCCCGUCGAGGCGGCACCUCGAUAUGGGACAGCGGCGUUGGCGGUCUCUCGACAACGAGCAACAUUGCUACCCAACUGGAAGACUGCGACAGCGUUUGCCUGGAGCCCGACAGCCUGUCGCACAGCGGCGGCGACGACCUGGAGGAAGGGCUGCAGUUCUCCAUCUGGGUGUCCUCCUACGAGAUCUACAACGAGUUUGUGUACGACCUGCUGGACGCCACGCCCUCCCCCCAGAUGAAAAAGAGGAUUGCGCUGCGGCUAAGCGAGGACAAGAAUGGCAACCCUUAUGUGAAGGACCUCACGUGGAUCCAAGUCCGCAGUGCAGAGGAAGCCUGGAAGAUUCUGAGGGCAGGACGUCGUAACCAAAGUUUUGCCAGCACCCACCUUAACCAAAAUUCCAGCCGCAGCCACAGCAUUUUCUCCGUCCGUGUCAUGCGCAUCCGCCCAGAUGAAGAUUCCGAUCCCAACGUGCACAUCAGCGAACUAACGGUGUGCGACCUUGCCGGGACGGAACGCUGCAAACAGCAGCGCAACGGCGACAGGAUGAGGGAAGCCAGCAACAUCAACGCCUCCCUGUUGGCGCUGGGCCGCUGCAUCGCUGUCCUCAGGCACAACCAGACCAACACGUCACGCCCCCCUCAAGUGGUGCCCUUCAGGGACAGCAAACUGACCCGCGUGCUUCAGGGCUUCUUCUGCGGCCAAGGAACGUCCAGCAUGGUGGUCAACAUCAACACGUGUGCCUCAAUCUACGACGAGACUCUCCAGGCGCUCAAGUUCUCAGCUAUUGCUUCCCAACUGGUCCACGGUCCUUCCACAAAGUGCAGAGUGGCCUACAUCCUGUCUCUUCUGCGGGAGCCUGCCAAUGGGAAUGACAGCACAGUGUUGGAGGAAGAGACUGAUGACGGCGAUGUGGAGGAUGGGGAUAUCUCCAUGUUGGACACAGAGUCUUUGCUGCAGGCCAUCGACGUCCUAAAGAGAGAGGUUCAUCGUCAGCGGGAAGAAAAAGAGCUUCUUGAGGCCAACGUGAGGAAGGAAGUGGUCUCCGAGAUGAUGGAAGUUGUGUCAAAAAUGCAAGACGAUUUCAAUGAAUACUUGGACUCAGAGAGAGCUCUGCUAGAAGCACGCUCUGAGGACAGGAUAGAAAUCCUGCAGAAACAUUUGAAGAAAUUCUACGAGCAAGAAUUACAGGAGCGUGAUCAGGAGAUCGAGGAACUGAGCGCUGCGUUGAAGAAGCAGACAGACAAUGAAGAGGGCUCCUCCAGCUCCGCCCCCCAGCAGCAGGAGCCUGAGGGUCCUCGGCGGUCUAAGCGCCGCACCACCAAGACAGAGCCCAGCCAACUGCGCGAGGAGCUGGACCAGUGUCGCGCUGAGCUGCUUAGCAAGACGCAAGAGUUGUCCAAACUGAAGUUGCAGCUGGAGCUGCCAGCCUCGAUGGGAACCGCUGCCGCUAACCGCAAGCUAGAAGAGGGUCAAAGGAACCUGCGUCAGCUGCGCGCCGAUUUGCACCGGCUCGGCUCGGACCUGCAGUCUGGCGAGCGGGCGUGCUGCCGCAACACGGGAGGCGAGAGGCUGCGUCAGGCUCUGACCGCAGCAGACGAAACGCUAAUCAAACAGGACCAGAUCCUGGUGGAGCUGCAGAACGACCUGACGCUCGUCAAGGCCGACCUUAGGCGUAAAGCCGAGGUGCCGACGCAGGCCGACCAGCAUCCGCUGGUUCCCCGCUUGGGCUUUGCCACGCCGGGGUCCUGCAAGAGGCGGGGCUGCGGCGCCGCCACCGGAGCUGGAGACUCCGAGAACAAGCCUCCGACAAAGAGGGCUUUUUAUCAGGCUUUGUUUCCCACAUGCACGCCUACACGGAAAUACAACACGCGUCACGCCGCCGAUGUCAACCUAACCCCUUACUCUCGGAUCUUAAGGUCACGGCAGCAUUCCCCGCCUCCAGUUCCCACCCCUCGCGUCCUUAGAGGGAAGUACUGAACACUUUUGUAUAUUAAUGUUCAUCACUGUUUUGAUUUAUUCAUUACAAAUACAGUUCUGAUUGUUUUGACUUUGCCUAGAAUCCAACUAACAAGGGAUUUGGUGUUUCUCACUUUUCUGACUUUAUUAAUCAUUCACAUCUUCUUUAACUAUAUUUAUCCUUGGAUGAGGCAGGUCAAUGGUAACCGUGCACAAAAACUGCACGUACAUUUUAAAAGUUAACUUGUGUAUUUUUUUUUGCAUUCAAUGAGCUGUUUUAUGGCUUUUGUUAUCCUGGUGAAAGAAAAAAUAUUGCAUGUUUUAUAAGUUUGUAUGCAACAUAAAGUGCAAUAAAUCCUUGCAACAUAA